AUGGCCGGGUCUUCGUUUCGACUGGCUGGGCUUCUCGCCCUCGCCCUUGGCAGCGUCGAGGGAAGUCGGCGGUAUUCUGCGAGGGAUGCGACUCCUAGUUUGCCGUCUGACCCUAACACUAUUUCGACCUGCACGUGGUGGUGGGACAAUGCUGACGGGGCCAUCGCGUGUGCGGACAUGCCGUUCGAGUGGGGCAUCAGCAUGGAGAACUUCCUCCUCUGGAAUCCUUCCAUCACUGCCGACUGCAGGAACUACCUGACGGGGCGGUCUUACUGCGUCGAAGCCCCCGCUGGUGGCAACGAACCUUCCCCAACCACCACAACAUCCAGAGCGGAGAAGCCGACGCCAACAAGCGGCAAUGGCGUGGAGACACCGCAGCCAACGCAGCCGAACAUGGUCGACAACUGCAACAUGUUCUACUUUGCCAAAGCGGGAGACUCAUGUAACUCGAUCGCGGCGGGCAACGGCAUCACGGCCGCGCAGGUCUUCGAAUGGAACCCGUCCGUCGGCUCCGAUUGCAGUGGGCUCUGGGCCAACAACUAUGUCUGCGUAGGGCUGAUCGGCGGCUCCGGCCCCGCCCCGACCACCACCACCACCUCCUCCACCGGAAACGGCAUCGCGACGCCGACCCCGACGCAGCCCGGCAUGGUGGAUAACUGCGACGGGUUUUACAUGGUCAAAGUCGGCGACACGUGCGCGUCAAUUGCGUCCAAACACAGCAUCUCACAGCAGCAAUUCCUCGAAUGGAACCCGUCGGUGGGUUCCGAUUGUACAGGGCUCUGGGCGAACAACUACGUAUGCGUGGGCCGCAUUGGGGCCACGACUACUUCGGCGCCAACAACCUCAACAGGCAACGGCAUCGCGACUCCGACCCCGACACAGCCCGGCAUGGUGGAUAACUGCAACGGAUUCUACUUUGCUAAGGCCGGCGACACGUGCGCGUCAAUUGCGGUCAAAAGCGGCAUCUCGCAGCAGCAGCUUCUGAGCUGGAAUCCCUCAAUAGGUUCUGAUUGCUCAGGUCUCUGGGCAGACAACUACGUCUGCAUCAGCCGCAUUGGAACUCCGACCAAUCCCCCCGCAACGACGACGACUGCGGGCAACGGGAUUGCGACACCUACGCCGUUCCAAGCCGGCAUGGUGGGCAACUGCAAGAAAUUCCAUUUUGUUGUCAAGGGCGAUAUCUGUGCUUCAAUCGCGACAAAAUACAGCAUCACCGUUGCAAAUUUCAUCAAGUGGAACCCUGCCGUCAAGAGUGACUGUACUGGAAUUUGGGCCGAGAACUAUGCUUGUGUUGGACUGAUCUAG